AUGCCAGCGGUCACCUGCCCGGGCAUCGAAGCCCAGCUCUCGGAACACGUCACCUGGAGGCUGGUGUCGGGGUCUCUGAAUGAGUACGGAGCGCAGGUGGUGCUGAGCUGCAGCCCCGGGUACUACCUGGAGGGCCGGCGGCUGCUGCAGUGCCACGCCAAUGGCACGUGGAGCGUGGGGGAGCAGAGGCCGCGGUGCAGAGUGAUUUCGUGCGGAAGCCUGUCCUUUCCCCCAAAUGGGAACAAGAUUGGAACGCUGACGGUCUACGGUGCCACAGCCAUAUUCACGUGUAACUCAGGCUACACGCUCGUGGGGUCCCACGUCAGAGAAUGCUUAGCCAAUGGGCUCUGGAGCGGUCCCGAGACUCGCUGUCUGGCUGGCCACUGUGGCUCCCCGGAUCCCAUCGUGAAUGGUCACAUCAGCGGCGACGGCUUCAGUUACAGGGACACAGUGGUGUAUCAGUGCAACCCCGGCUUCCGGCUCGUGGGGACUUCCGUCCGGAUAUGCUUGCAAGACCACAAGUGGUCCGGACAUACCCCAGUCUGUGUCCCCAUCACCUGUGGACACCCAGGGAACCCCGCCCAUGGGUUGACCAACGGCAGCGAGUUCAACCUGAACGAUGUGGUGAACUUCACCUGCAGCCCCGGCUACCUGCUGCAGGGUGCGUCUCGAGCCCAGUGUCGGAGCAAUGGCCAGUGGAGCAGCCCCCUGCCCACCUGCCGAGUGGUGAACUGCUCCGACCCAGGCUUGGUGGAAAACGCUGUUCGUCACGAGCACCAGAGCCUCCCCGAGGGUUUUGAGUAUGGAGUGACUGUUGUAUAUCAGUGCAAGAGGGGCUUCUACCUGCUGGGAUCUUCUGCCCUCACCUGCACGGCGAACGGCCUGUGGGAUCGCUCUCUGCCCAAGUGUCUGGUGAUCUCAUGUGGACACCCCGGCGUCCCUGCCAACGCCAUACUCACAGGAGACCUGUUCACGUAUGGGGCCGUGGUCCACUACUCGUGCCGAGGGAGCCGCAGUCUCGUGGGCAACAGCAGCAGAACCUGCCAGGAGGACAGUCACUGGAGCGGAGCCCUGCCCCACUGCACAGGAAAUAACCCUGGAUUUUGCGGUGAUCCAGGGACCCCAGCCCAUGGGUCUCGACUUGGAGAAGAGUUUAAGGCCAAGAGCCUCCUCCGCUUCUCCUGUGAAAUGGGCUACCAGCUUCGGGGCUCGGCCGAGCGGACGUGUCUGCUCAACGGGUCCUGGUCAGGACAGCAGCCCGUGUGUGAGGCUGUGUCCUGUGGGAACCCGGGGACGCCCGCCCACGGCAGGAUCGUCAGCAGCGACGGCAUGCUGUUCUCAAGCUCCGUGGUCUACACGUGCUGGGACGGCUACAGGACCUCAGGGCUGACCACGCGCCACUGCACCGCCAACGGAACCUGGACCGGCACGGCCCCCGACUGCACGCUCAUCAGCUGUGGAGACCCAGGGACCCUGGCUAACGGCAUCCAGUUCGGGACCGAUUUCACCUUCAACAAGACGGUCAGCUACCAGUGUAACCCCGGCUACACCAUGGAGCCCGCCACGUCCCCCACCAUCCGCUGCACCAAGGACAGUGCCUGGAAUCACAGCAAACCAACCUGCAAAGCCAUCACAUGCGGCCAGCCUCCUCCGGUCCAGGAUGGGAAGGUGGAAGGAACGGACUUCCGCUGGGGUGCCAGCAUCAGCUACAGCUGCACCCACGGCUUCCAGCUCUCCCAGCCCGCCAUCCUUUCCUGUGAAGGCCGAGGGGUCUGGAGAGGCGAGGUCCCCCAGUGCCUGCCUGUGUUCUGUGGGGACCCCGGCACCCCUGCGGAGGGGCGCCUCAGUGGCAAAAGCUUCACCUACAGAUCCGAAGUCUUCUUCCAGUGCAAGUCCCCCUUCCUCCUGGUGGGGUCGUCCCGGAGAGUCUGCCAGGCAGACGGCACCUGGAGUGGCGUCCAGCCCACCUGCAUUGAUCCUGCUCAUAACACCUGCCCAGACCCUGGUACUCCAUAGUUUGGAAUACAGAAGAGUUCAGGAGGAUAUGAGGUAUUCCAUUUUUAUUUUACUACGUUUUUCUCUAUGUGAAAGUGUAAUUGAUACUUAAAUACACACGUGUUUAUGUAGCAUAUCUGACUCAUCUUACAUUUGCCCAAAUAUAGUCCAUUCAGAAAGAGGAUUUCUGCUUAUUAUGUUAACUGUUAGAACUGAGACAACUGUAUCUGAUUCACAU